UGAUGAAGCACGUUUAGCAGAAACGUACGUGCAGCUAACAAAAUGUCUGUUUUAUAUCAUCGCAUAUUGUGAAUCUUGCGUAUUACAUAGUAUAUUCUGUGCUUCAUCUGGACCAGGUCACUUUAUGGCUGAGCAAUGGAACCCGCUUGGUAUUGUGGGCGUAAUAACUGCUUUCAACUUUCCGGUAGCCGUCUACGGCUGGAACUCAGCUAUUUCGCUCGUUUGCGGCAAUCCAGUAAUAUGGAAAGGCUCACCGACUACCAAUCUUACAUCUGUUGCCGUGACUAAACUACUUUCUAGUGUUCUCUCCCGCAACUCCCUCCCUGGUUCCAUCUGCUCCCUCGUUUGCGGAGGUGCUGAUGUCGGUGAGGCUAUCGCUGAAGAUAGUCGUGUCAAUCUUGUUAGCUUUACUGGAAGUACUGCAAUUGGGCGGCGCGUUGGGCAGAUUGUGCAGAAAAGAUUUGGAAAAUGCUUGUUGGAGUUGGGGGGUAAUAAUGCCAUUAUCGUAAUGGAUGAUGCGGAUCAAGUAUUAGCUUUGAGAAGCGUACUUUUCGCUGCUGUUGGUACCGCUGGCCAGAGGUGUACUACUACUAGAAGACUGUUCUUACACGAAGCGAUUUAUGACGAAUUUCUUGAGAAACUGGUUAAGGCGUAUACUCAGGUCAAGAUAGGUAAUCCGCUUGAGGCAGGAGUUUUAUGCGGACCCUUACAUACAAAGGCUGCUGUGAAUGCUUAUAGGGAUGGAAUAAAAGAUGUCCUGGACCAGAAUGGAGAAGUUCUCUUUGGUGGGCGGGUUUUAGACGAUUUAAAAGGCAAUUAUGUUGUACCCACUUUGACGCGUAUUUCUCAUGAUGCGCCGGUCGUGCAGAAUGAGAUAUUUGUGCCCAUUCUGCAUGUAUUCAAAUUUAAGGAACUCGGUGAUGCUAUUGCCAUGAAUAACUCGGUCAAGCAAGGCUUGAGUAGUAGCUUAUUUACGACUAAACCAGAACAUAUAUUCAAGUGGAUCGGUCCAGCGGGCGCCGAUUCUGGCAUAGUCAACGUAAACGUCCCAACCAAUGGCGCCGAAAUAGGUGGUGCCUUUGGAGGAGAAAAAGAAACAGGUGGAGGUCGUGAGGCUGGUUCGGAUAGUUGGAAACAGUAUAUGAGACGAGCUACUUGUACUAUAAACUAUUCUGGAAUCUUGCCAUUGGCUCAAGGAAUUAAGUUUGAAUAA